GUUCGAUGUGGAACUCUUUGCUUAUUGCUGCACACCUGCCUAGUUUUAGAAUAACAAUACAUUAUGUAGGGUUAACAUCAUUUAGGAAGAUUUUCUGAUUUGGAAAUGGAAUUAAAACUGUCUGACACCUGUCAGAAACAUGCAAAAUGGCAUGUUAUUGACCAGGGAAAAGUGUAAGUAACAAAAGGGUGGGAUGAUCAGAUGGUAACCUGAGAACCAAGGAAAAGUGAACAGAAGGAUUACUUAUAUAAUCAAAUAAUAUAAUUAUAAAGACUCAUAAUUCAUGCCCCAAUCUUAAUAACUCAUCAUUGUUAGGCUACUUGAAAAGACAUAGUACAAUUCAGGACCAUUGUGAUGUAGUAUGUAAAAACAUCCUCUGUAAAAGUUUUUCAUCUGGGCCAGGGAGCUCAUGCCUGUAACCCCAGCACUUUUGGAGGCUGAAGUGGGAGGAUUGCUUAAGACCAGGUGUUCUAUACCAGCCUGGACAACAUAGUGAGACCCCAUCUCUAUAGAAAAAAAAGUUUUCAAUCAUACUUAUUUAAUUAAAAGUAGACACUUGGAAACAGAGGAAAAGAGACCAUCUUGCUUCUUACUAUACUUUUAUUUUAUAAGGGCAAUCAUUUCCUUAUUACGUACAACUUCUUUUGAGGGAAUAUGAUAAAGAUAAAAGAGAAGAAAGUAAAACAUAGAAUAAAACUAAAAGCUAUGAGAUUAUAAUUUUUAAAAGUUAGGAGAAAAGUAAAUAGAAUGCAAUAACAAUACACAUGAAGCUGAUAUUUCAAGCAUCUUUAUACUACACCAUCACCAAAAACAGCUUUUAUUUGUAUGAUUUUCUAUGUAUUAUUUGGUCCUCAUUUCUACUAGAGUAAGCAGAGAAGAUGUUAUUAUGACCAUUUCAUGAAAAUGGAAACUAAAAGCAUGACAAGAUUGAGCAAGAUUGUCUUUGCCCUUUGACAAGUAAAAGGCACUUGAUUUGGAUGGAUAUAGCGCAAAUUAAAAGAAAUAACAGACUAAAGAUGUAGUAAAUAUUUUAAUGUUUUUCAAAAGUCCUUUUAAAAUGGGAAGAAUGAGUGUCAGCAUCAGUACGUUGCAGAUAUUUUUCCUGACUGGCCCAUUUGGAGCUGAUUUAGGCACCACUACUGCAGUUUUGCAGCGAAGGCGCAGGGUGCCGCUGCCGGUUAGUGCUGUGCAAAGCAUUGGCUCCUCCCGCCGCAGCCGACUCGGAAGAAAAGUGCACUCUGUAUCCGGCUUCCUGAAGCGGAGACAUCAUUAGAGAACCCACGCAACGAGACAAAGCAAGUAGUUGGUCCUGCUCAGACAACUCUUGGGAUUAUUUAAAUAUCUCCUCUCCUUGGAUUUAGAAAGGCAAAGGCGCAGAGAGUGGGAUGGGAAACAGCUCCGGAUGGAGGGGCCCAACAGGGCGCAGGCGAAUGCCGUUUCUCUUCCUGCUGUCUUUGUUAGGCCAAGCGCUGUCCGAACCGAUCCACUACGCUAUUCCGGAGGAGCUAGACAGCGGCUCGCUGGUAGGAAACCUCGCGAAGGACCUGGGGCUUGGCGUGGGGGAUUUGCCUACUCGGAACCUGCGGGUUAGUGCAGAGAAGAAAUUCUUUACCGUGAAUACCGAAAGUGGGGACUUACUUGUGAGCGACCGUAUAGACCGAGAGCAGAUUUGUGGCAAGAAGUCGGUGUGUGUUCUGGAAUUCGAGACGGUUGCUGAAAAGCCUUUCAACUUUUUUCAUGUAACUGUGCUGAUCCAGGAUAUUAACGACAACCCACCGAGCUUUAGCCAAAAUAUCACUGAGCUGGAAAUCAGCGAACUGGCGCUCACUGGAGCCACCUUUGCCCUGGAAUCUGCGCAAGAUCCUGAUGUAGGUGUCAAUUCGCUGCAGCAGUACUACCUCAGCCCUAAUCCACACUUCUCUUUGACUCAGAAGGAGAACCUGGAUGGCAGUAGGUACCCAGAGCUGGUACUGAAAGCACCCCUGGACAGGGAAAAGCAGCCACAUCACCACCUGGUCCUCACAGCUGUGGAUGGGGGCGAGCCCUCUAGAAGCUGUACCACCCAGAUAAGAGUAAUUGUCGCAGAUGCAAACGACAACCCCCCAGUAUUUACUCAGGACAUGUACAGGGUCAGUGUUGCAGAGAACCUGCCUGCUGGUUCCUCGGUAUUAAGAGUGCUGGCCACUGACCUGGAUGAGGGCUUCAAUGCUGCGAUCACCUAUACCUUCAUCAAUAUUGGUAAAGCAGUGAGACAACUGUUCAAGCUGGAUAGUAAAACGGGGGAACUCACCACUAUUGGAGAACUGGACUUUGAAGAGAGAGAUAGCUUCACAAUUGGGGUGGAAGCAAAGGAUGGUGGACAUCACACUGCAUAUUGUAAAAUACAAAUAGAUAUUUUGGAUGAAAAUGAUAAUGCCCCGGAGAUAACCGUGGCUUCUGAAUCCCAACAUAUACGAGAAGAUGCUGAGCUGGGGACUGCUUUUGCCCUGAUCAAAACACAUGAUCUAGAUUCUGGAUUUAAUGGAGAAAUCCUAUGCCAACUAAAAGGAAAUUUCCCCUUUAAGAUCGUUCAGGAUACCAAAAACACAUACAGGUUGGUGACAGAUGGAGCCCUGGACCGGGAGCAGAUCCCAGAAUACAAUGUGACCAUCACAGCUACUGACAAAGGCAAUCCACCGCUUUCCUCCAGCAAGACCAUCACUCUGUACAUACUUGACGUCAACGACAAUGUUCCAGUUUUCCACCAGGCCUCCUACAUGGUGCGUGUAGCUGAGAACAACCUGCCAGGAGCCUCCAUUGCUCAAGUCAGCGCCUCGGAUCCCGACUUGGGUCCUAAUGGCCUUGUCUCCUACUCGAUCGUGGCCAGUGACCUGGAGCCGCGUGAGCUGUCAUCCUACGUGUCCGUGAGCGCUCAGAGCGGGGUGGUGUUCGCGCAGCGCGCCUUCGACCACGAGCAGCUGAGCGCCUUCAAGCUCACGCUGCAGGCCCGCGACCAGGGCUCACCGCCUCUCAGCGCCAAUGUGAGCCUUCUCGUGUUGGUGGGUGACCUCAACGACAAUAGGCCGCGGGUGCUGUACCCAGCUCUGGGGCCCGACGGCUCUGCGCUCUUCGAUAUGGUGCCGCGCGCUGCAGAGCCUGGCUACCUGGUGACCAAGGUAGUGGCAGUGGACGCCGACUCAGGACACAAUGCCUGGCUGUCCUACCACGUGCUGCAGGCCAGCGAGCCCGGGCUCUUCAGCCUGGGGCUGCGCACGGGUGAGGUGCGCACAGCCCGUGCCUUGGGUGACAGGGAGGCGGCCCGCCAGCGCCUGCUGGUCGCUGUGCGUGAUGGAGGACAGCCACCUCUUUCAGCCACCGUCAUGCUGCACCUAAUCUUCGCGGAUAGCUUGCAAGAGAUACAACCUGACCUUAGCGACCGCCCCACACCCUCUGACCCUCAGGCGGAGCUACAGUUUUAUCUAGUAGUGGCGUUGGCCUUGAUCUCUGUGCUCUUCCUCCUCGCAGUGAUUCUGGCAAUUGCCUUGCGCCUGCGAAGCUCCUCGAGACCCGCCACUGAGGGCUACUUUCAGCCUGGUCUCUGCUCUAAGACUGUACAUGGAGUUCUCCCCAACUACAGUGAAAGGACUUUGCUUUAUUCCUACAGUCUGCGUGCUGCCUCACAUUCCUCAAACACCGAGUUUAAAUUUCUCAAUAUAAAAGCUGAAGAUGCUGCACCACAAGAUCUUCUAUGCGAUGAAGCAUCUUGGUUUGAAAGUGCUAGUAAUGACAAUCCAAAAAUGCCUUCUAGUUCAGGCAAUUUGCAACAGGUGAGUUUCUUCAAACCUUUCCAUCCAUAAAUAUGUGGGUUUCAAUUCAUGGAUUUAGAGAUGAAAAGUUUAAUCAGAGUAAGUAUUCUCUGAUUCCAUUAUUUUAUUGAUUUUCUGGGUGUAGAAUAGGGGUGCCUGGGAAUUUCUUUGUAGGUUUAUCUGUGUUGCGGUUGUUCUUUCGUAGAUACCCUCCUUUUGAUAGUCUUGAAACUUUUGUUAAUCCUAAUAUGCUAUAAUCAGAAACAUUCUUUUUUUUUUUUUUUUUAAGAUGGAUUUUCACCGUGAUGGCCAGGCUGGUCUUGAACUCCUGACCUCAGGUGAUCCACCCACCUUGAUCUCCCAAAGUGCUAGGAUUACAGGUGUGAGCCACUGCACCCGGCCCAGAAACAUUCUUAACACAAAUGAUAACUCACGCUGUCAUUUUCAGACAUAUCUAUCCAGAAUUAGACACAAAUAUGCACAAUUAAGCAAUUUGCUUAGUUUUGAUGCAGUCAAUCCUAAAAUAUAUCAAACAUAAUAUAUAUCUUAAGACAUUUUUAUGUAAUUUGUAUAUAAUAUUUUUACUUCCCUUUGCACAUUUUUAAAUGUAUACAUGGAUGUUGCCUAUGUCAGGGCAGUUCUUAAUUUCUAUGGUAAUCAAAAGAAAUAAUGGCAUCUAAAAUGGCAACUCUUGUCAUGGGCACUGUAGUGAAUUGGUUCAAAAUGUGUUUGUGUAGCUUAUGCCUGUAGUCCCAGCUAUUUGGGAGGCUGAGGUGGGAGGAUCCCUUGAGCCCAGGAGGUUGUGGCCCUGAUGAGAUAUAAUUGUGGCCCUGCACUCUAGCCUGGGAGACAGAGGGAGACUUUGUCUCUAAAACAUGUAUUUGUGGUUGUUGUACCUUUGUUGAAAGUGGGACUAACGUAAAUGAUGGUGGACUGUGAUCAUUCAAGAUUUACAGAAGAUUGUAAUAUUAUUUCUGUUCCCCGAGGUCCUAAAAGAUAUUUUCACAAAAAUGAAUGGUAAACUUCAGAGAACGCUAAAAAUUAUUUGAAAUAAUCUCUGGCAUUCUUUUAAAUGCUUCAUCAUCUUGGGGAAGGAAAUAUUAUGAGUGUCACCUUUGCAGAUUUAGCA